AUGGGAGACAAGACAGCAGCCCGCACCCCGGCAAAGACGCCGUCUACAGCUAAGAAACAGGGACAGGCGCCGUCAACGGGCAAGCAGCAGAGCAUUCUCGGCUUCUUUUCUAAGACACCAGCAAGCAGUGCCAAUGCUCCCAAUUCUUCGCCCUCGGUCAAGCCGACACCUUCCCUCAAGAAAGCCAGCUCCUCGCAAUGCCUCCAAGAGACAACCAAGUCCAACUCUGCGCGACGACCACCUGAUGCUACACCUGUCCCCAGCAGUGACGCCCCUGAGCCGACCAGCUCUCAGGAAAACAGAGACGUUAGCACUGCCAAGGCAUGUGUGUCGAAAUCGAGGACGACCAUGAGGGACACCACGACGCUGCCCAGCAGCCCUUCCCGAAAGGUCAAAAAAGCCGUCAACUAUGCCGAAUCAUCCGACGAAGAAGACGAGGAGUUCAUCGCCUCAUUGACAUCUCGGAAGAGCCGACAGCGCCGCCCGCGUGCGGCGGUCAUCGACGAGGAUGAUGAGGACACGUACGAGGCAGGCGCCAAUGAAAUUGAAGAGGAGGACGAUGAAAUGGAAGACUUUGUAGUCUCGGACGACUCAGAUGCUCCAUCCAGAUCGAAGAAGAGGAAACGGCCGGCUGCCAAAACCUCUGCGCCACGGAAGAAGACCACUAACCCAUCGCCGCCUCGUUCAGCUGCCCCAGACCUGGACGGUGACGAGCCAAUGGAAGACGUCCCCCCGUCGACGUCCACCGCACAGAAGUGGAAAUACGACCCUGACAGCAUCGAUCAUGACGAGCCACAGGAGACGGUCGUCAAGGCCACUCCAGCUGCGAAGAAGCCGUCGUCAACACCCAAACCGAAACCGAAAGCGCACACUCAGGAACCCGAGAAGAGAUAUCCCUGGCUGGCCAACAUCCUGGAUGGCAACAAAAAGCCACCAACCGACCCAGAGUUUGAUCCCACGUCCAUCUACAUCCCACCGGCAGCGGAGAAGCAGUUCUCUGCCUUUGAGAAGCAGUACUGGGACAUCAAGAAGAAUCUCUGGGAUACCGUCGUGUUCUUCAAAAAGGGCAAGUUCUACGAGCUGUACGAAAAUGAUGCAACCAUUGGUCACCAGUUGUUUGAUCUGAAGAUGACAGACCGCGUCAACAUGCGCAUGGUGGGUGUCCCUGAGAGCUCACUCGAUAUGUGGGUCAACCAGUUCGUCGCGAAAGGCUUCAAGGUCGCUCGUGUGGACCAGAUGGAGUCCGCGCUUGGCAAGGAGAUGCGCGAGCGUGACGCAAAGGCCAAGAAGGCGGACAAGAUCAUCCGACGUGAGCUUGCUUGCAUCUUGACUGCCGGCACCCUGGUGGACGGCAGCAUGCUCCAGGAUGAUAUGGCCACAUACUGCGCAGCCAUCAAGGAGUCUGUUGUGGAUGGCAAGCCUUGCUUUGGCAUUGCGUUUGUGGAUGCCGCCACUGGUCAGUUUUUAAUUUCCGAGUUUGAGGAUGAUGUCGACCUCACUAAGUUCGAGACCUUUGUUGCCCAGACAUGCCCUCGGGAACUGGUGCUGGAAAAGUCGCGGCUGUCCACCAAGGCCCUCCGCAUCCUCAAGAACAACACUGCACCUACCACCAUCUGGAACUAUCUCAAACCCGACACCGAGUUUUGGGAUGCUGAGACGUCGAGGCGGGAACUGGAGUGCAACGGUUACUUCUCCAACGCUGAUAACCAGGAGGAAGUCUGGCCGGAGAAGCUCGAGAAGGUCAAGGAGAAGGACCUCUUGAUGUCGGCUCUUGGCGGGCUAGUUCAUUACCUGCGCUUCCUCAAGCUCGAACGGAGCUUGCUCUCGCAAGGGAACUUUGAACCAUACAAUCCAAUCCACCGCAAUGGCACGCUCAUUUUGGACGGCCAGACCCUCAUCAACCUCGAGAUCUUCUCCAACACGGCCAACGGUGGCGUGGAAGGAACGCUUUUUAACCUCCUCAACAGGUGUAUUACGCCGUUUGGGAAGCGUCUCUUCCGGCAGUGGGUCUGCCACCCGCUCUGCAACAUCCAGAAGAUCAACGAACGUCUUGAUGCGGUGGACAUGCUCAGCAACGACAAGAGUGCGCUUGCCGAGUUCUCGUCCCACAUGAGUAAGAUGCCCGACCUGGAGCGAUUGAUCUCGCGCAUCCACGCCGGCUCCUGCAGACCUGAAGACUUUGUCCGUGUUCUCGAGGGCUUUGAGCAGAUUGACUACACCAUGAACUUCCUUGGCGCUUUUGGGGGUGGCAAUGGGCUGGUGGACCGGCUCAUUUCUUGCAUGCCCGAUCUCAAAGAGCCCCUUGGUUACUGGGAGACGGCCUUUGACAGGAAGAAGGCUCGCGACAGCAAGGUUCUCAUCCCCGAGCGGGGGAUCGAGGAGGAUUAUGACAACAGCGAGGACGAGCUGAACCGCAUCAAGGAAGAGUUGGCUCAGCUGCUCGAGAAGCAAAAGACGGCCUUGAAGUGCAGGCAACUCAAGUUCACCGACGUCGGCAAGGAGGUGUACCAGAUUGAAGUGCCCAAGUCGACCAAGGUGCCUUCGAGUUGGCGCCAGAUGUCAGCUACGGCCGCUGUCAAGCGGUACUACUUCCGAGAGCUGGAAAGCCUUGUCCGUGAGCUCCAGGAAACCGAGGAGACGCACUCCCAGAUCGUCAAGGAGGUCGCGUCAAGGUUCUUUAAGAAAUUUGACGUUGAUUACGAGGUGUGGUUGCAGGCCAUUCGCAUCAUCUCGCAGCUGGACUGCCUGAUGAGCUUGGCCAAGUCGUCUCUUGCCCUCGGCCUUCCCAGUUGCCGUCCGGAGUUUGUUGAUGACGAGCGGAGCGUCUUGCACUUUGAGGAGCUCCGUCACCCGUGCAUGAUCAACAGGGUGGAUGACUUUAUUCCCAACGAUGUCCACCUCGGCGGCGAGCAGGCCAAGAUUAACCUUCUUACUGGUGCCAACGCGGCUGGAAAGUCGACUGUUCUUCGAAUGACUUGUACUGCCGUCAUCAUGGCCCAGAUUGGCUGUUACGUCCCGGCUGUGUCGGCCAAGUUGACUCCUGUCGACCGUAUCAUGUCUCGUCUCGGCGCCAACGACAAUAUUUUUGCCGCCCAAAGCACCUUCUUUGUUGAGCUGUCCGAAACCAAGAAGAUUCUGGCCGAGGCUACGUCCCGCUCCCUUGUUAUUCUUGACGAGCUCGGACGUGGCACCUCUUCGUAUGAUGGCCUGGCUGUCGCCCAAGCUGUUCUUCACCAUGUGGCAUCCCACAUUGGUUGUGUUGGGUUCUUUGCUACCCACUACCACAGCCUGGCAACCGAGUUUGAGAACCACCCUGAGAUCCGGGCGCGGAGGAUGCAGAUUCACGUCGACGGUGGGAACCGGCGAGUGACGUUCUUGUACAAACUGGAGGACGGUGUUGCAGAGGGAUCGUUUGGUAUGCACUGUGCUGCCAUGUGCGGUAUUCCCAACAAGGUCAUCGAGGAGGCCGAGGUGGCGGCCAAGGAGUGGGAGCACACCAGCCGGUUGAAGGAAAGCUUGGAGAGGGCCAAGACGGGGUGUUACAUCCCUCUCGGAGUGCUGAGCGAUGUGGCAAGCUUGCUCAGGGUUGGUGGUGAGGCAGAAGUGCAGGAGCGGGGGGUGGAGGUGCUGUUGCGAGCCAUUGAGGCGCUCUGA